AAGCGUCAAAGUGUCAAAAAGCAAAACGUCAAAAGAGCAACAACAAAGGAAAAAAAAACAUUACAAUCAUAAGCCUAGCGCUCAGAUCGAUAGUGCAUCGAGUGAAAAUGAAAAGCAAUUACACCCGCUGGACGCUUUUCCUUCUGAUGUGAGUUUGUGCCCCGUUUGCUGUGCCCCUUUUGCACCCUGUUUUUUGCCCCUCCUGCACGUGGUAAAAGAAAACCUUGGCCGAACAAACCUUGGCUGUCCUUCGUCGAAGCCGGAGUGGGAGAGAGAGAGAGAGCACCCGUGGGAGAAAAGGAGUUUUUGUGAAAAAAUUGAAAAACGAAAGACAGAGACGAUGGUCUGGUAGAGAUAGGAGGUUGGUGGUCGGAAUCGGUAAACGGUGGCAGACGUAAGCAAUGGAAAGCGAAAAACUGUUGAUGGCCGCCGGUGUGACGGCGGCAGUCGUCGUCGGUGCGUUCGUCUUCUGGGGACCGUCCGGCUCUUCCAAGCUGCGGCAGCGGCGGGGCCAGAUCGCCGGGCUGCACAACUUCGGCAAGACGUGCUUUCUCAACACGCUGCUGCAGGCGUUGGCCGCCUGCCCGCAGUUCAUCGCGUGGCUGCAGCUGCACAACACCAAGGACAAGAAGAGCCUCGUCUCGUCGCUGCAGAACGUGCUGGAGGUGGUAAACGGGACGCAUCCGACGCUGCGGGGCGACCCGUACGCGCCGGGCGCCGUCAUCCGCGCGCUGCACGCCCUCGGCUGGGUCAUCUCGCCCGAGGAGCACGACGCGCACGAGCUGCUGCUGGUGAUGCUCAGCUCGCUCGAGGAGGAGGUGUCAAAGCCGCGCAAGAUCGGCUGCCUGUCCGAUGCGCUCGACGACGUGGUCGGCGGUGGUGGUGGUGGCGGGGGUGACUUGGGCUUCCACGCCAUACCGGCCCGCCCGUCCAGCGCGAUGCUGUCCGACUUUUGCAACGCCGAGUACGACGAGUCGACCAGCCUGAUGCGGUACACCCGGUCGGAGGCGCACACGCCCGAUUCGCCCCACUCGGUGUGCACGGAGAACGAGGAGCAGUCGCAGGAAAGCUCGCUGGUCGAGUUCGGGGCGUCCCCGUCGCACGCGAUCAGUGUCGCGUUUGGCGGUCGCCGCUUUGGCAGCCGGAUGCAGCUGCAGCAGCAGCAGCAGCAACAGACGAUGGUACGGCCGACCCCGAUGGGCCGCGACGAGCAGACGAGCAUGGGCAUGGGGGACGCGGGCGGUAACCAUUUCGCGGGCAAGCGGCACUCCGCCUCGUACCGGUCGCUCGAGCGGCUCAACCGGGGCCCGGGCCGCGUGUCCGUGUGGGGCGACCGGCAGCAGGCCCAGAUACCGCACCCGUUCCGGGGCGGCAUGGGCAGCCAGCUGUGCUGUGGCGGGUGCGGCCACAAGUCCACCGUGCGGUACGACAAGUUCGACAGCAUCACGCUGCCGCUGCCGGAGACGGCCGCGCCCGGGCUCGGCAUCGGCAACCUGCUGUCCGACUUCAUCCAGCCGGAAACGCUCGACGCGGUGCAGUGCGACGCGUGCCACGAGACGACCGCGCACACGAAGACGCUCACGUUCAGCAAGCUGCCCGCCUGCCUGUGCAUCCACAUCGCCCGCACCACGUGGCACGCGAGCGGCCACGUGCACAAGCGGCUGGACAGCGUGCACUUUCCCGAGACGCUCUCGAUGGCGCCAUACAGCUUCGUGCAGCCCGGGCUGAACAGCAACAUCAGCACGCCCUGGGGCUCGACCACCUCGCUCUACUCGGCCGGCCUGAUGGCGAGCGGGCUGGACGCGGUCGGCGGCGGGGCCCAGGCGGGACCGGGGGCGGCCGACGUACCUUCCGGCUCGAUGACGUUCGGGUCGUACACGUUCGGCGCGAUGUUCCCGCGCAACCUGUACCGCCUGCUGGCGGUCAUCGUACAUUCUGGUGAGGCAAACGCCGGUCACUUCGUCACGUAUCGGCGCGGGGCGCUGCGCAACUCCUACAAAUGGUACUACACGUCGGACACGAUCGUGCGGGAAGUUCCUAUCGAGGAGGUGCUGAACAGCUCGGCGUACAUGCUGUUCUACGAUCGCGGCUCGUCCUCCAAAUACCCGUAAGCAGGCAUUUGGCGGGUUACAAGGGAAGCAGCCAGCUUGCGGAAGUUUGUGCUUUGCGCAAACGCAACAAUUUCAUGUACAGCACACCCUACAAAAGUUAAGCUGAUAAGCAACACGAGCCAUAUACACACACACACAAGUUAAGCUGUUUUUCUCUGCAGCGGAGUAGGGGUGGGGUGGCAAAGCAAAGCAAAAAAAAAAGAAAAGAAAAGGAUUUAAACGUAAUUUAGCGCCUUGGAGCGCAUCCUAACAGGUCGGACGGGAGGUCGUUUUUGUAUAGGACGGUGGAGGAACGCUUGCAAACCAAACUGCAACCAUUACCACCUUCACCCCCUCUGUCGAGCUCUAUUUGUUGUUGAUGUCGUUACACUAUAGUAGGCAGAAGAGAGAGAGAGAGAGUCAGAGAGUUAGAGAGCGAGAGAGAGAGGAGCGUGUUAGGAAUCGUGAAUAUUACGCAUACUCAUAAACCAAAUGCAUUUGACAUCGAACGAAAAUAGGGCAACCGAACCGAACCGAAUCGGAAUAGCAUUGGAGUUUUCGGUCCUUUUUUACCUGUCCCGAAGAAAAGUGGGUGGAAGCCCAGAAUUCUUUCCAGAAUACGGUAGCCGCUAUCCUACAGUCGUUGUAAGUGUUGAACUAGAUUUAAGGGAAGGAGACAGCGAGUCGGCAGAGAACAGGGAAAUGAUUUCACCAGUUGGCAUGGUAGCGAUGUAGCAGGGAACAGUUUCUGCUACCUUCAUGCCGCUGCAUGCUGUAGAAGUACUAGAUUUCUCUCUAGCUUUCUGUGUUUCUGUUUGCGACCAGAUAUCGCUUGUUAAGCCAUUUUGCUUUUGCAAAAAAAAAAAAAAAUAAUCAAAAACCCCGCUGCUGUCAGUGCGCUUACCUAACUUUCCGUGCUAACUGCACAUUCAAUUGUGACGAGCGAAAAGGUUAGCAAAAGGUGGUUUGAAUGUGCAGAGCAAAGGCAUUAGCGGACAAACAAACCAAAAAUGAAGAAAAGCACAAUUGCUCCACAGUCGAGCCGGCAUUAGAUUAGAAUUUGUUUUAGGGGGUUACCAAAAAAAAAAGCCACCC